AUGAGUCAAAUCCAGUCAAGCCAAGUGGGGGCGAAAAAUAUGCAAACCGCACAGCCUCAGGCUCAACAAAGACCAAUCAAUGGGUCUGUGACCCUGAGCAAUGGCCAGAGGAUAAACCCUCAGAACUUGACUCCACAACAACAAAGAUUAUUGCAACAGAAAGUACUGCAUCAGAAACUCAAAAAUUACAAAUUUGCCGAAACGAGUGAGGAGAUACUUCACAAGUACGAAAAAUUCCCUCCCUCUUUGACUUUUCACAUCCACGAAAAUCAUUAUAGAUUUGGCGAUCAGGAUGGGGUCAUACCAAAAAACUCAAGUGUUAUUAAGGCUUUCCUGGAGUAUGUUGCACGAGAGGAAAUACCACCGGCGUUGAUAGAGGUAACCAAGGAUGCUGGUGUUCAACUAUAUGAAGGGUGUAUCAUACUCAGAAUAUAUGACCAUAGACACUUGGUCGCCCAUAUCAAUGAUGCAAAAGAUUCUCAACACGUAAGUUCAGAAUCGUCCGCUAACAACACAAAUAAUGAAAAGAAAGAACCCUCAAAAGUUCCUAAGACUUACACAACUAUUCUCAGACCAACGCAGUUGUCAUUAUAUGCUGAUUUGUUGUACCAAACUGAUUAUUUACAAGUUAGAUUUACAGACUCUUUGUCUUUGAAUAUUGAAACGGAAAUCCUAACAGCCUCAAAAAGAAAUCUUGACCUUUCUGUUCCUUUGAACCCUCACAGAGCCACGGCUAAUUUGAAACCAGAGGUAAAGUAUCCUUAUUACGACCCUGAGACGGAUACCGUGGUGCAUGAACACAGGCCAGAUGCUCGUGGUAACAUGGUGAAUGCAGACACUGUUGACUACAGGAAAUUGCAUGAGGAUAUGGCGCAGCAUGGCUCUGACUAUGAGAGGUUAAUGCUACUGUUGAGUGAUAGAUUCGAUGACGACUCCCAGACACAGGGUUCCUCUGUCACCUCCAGCCAGUUCAUGAGGCUGAGGUUUGUAGAAGCUUGGAGGAAAAAGGAAGAACGUCUUCAAGAAUCCGGAGGCUCUAGUCAACGUCAGAGACCCCUUCAACCUGGCCAGAUUCCGGGGAUGUUGUCAAGCUUUAGUAGUAAUACAGGAAACAUGAAUACAAUGUUGGACAACUUAACACCACAGCAGAAAGCUGCUAUUCAACAAAGAAUGAUCCAGCAAGGAAGAGCUCAGCCACAGCAGCAGCAGCCAGACCAAGAGCAACUACAAGAGCAGCAACAACAACAACCGCAACAGGCCAUGUCACAACAACGUCAGCAGCAAUUACAGCAAUUGUAUCAACGGCAGCAACAACAUAAUCAGCAUCACCAGCAAAACCAAGAUGAACUCAGUUCUUUGGAUGACAAGAAGAUAAAAAAACCUCCAGCUAAAAAGCAAAAGAAAAUGACCAAAAAGGAAAUGACUACACUUCAUCAAAACGUAGCGGGGAAAACUAUCCCUUCAGCUGAAAGUACUCCGCCCACAACAGCAGCCAACAAGAAAAGAGGCACCUACAAGAAAAAAAAUAAGUACAUCCUAAUAAUAAAUGAUUAG